CAGCCUUUUCACAUUCCGACUAUCUUUAUUUUUUUUAAUGUACAUUGUCAAACACUAAACGAAGAGGAAAUAUUCGAAGUUCAGGACAUACUCUCUUUAUUUCCCUUGGGUUGGAUUCAUACACACCCUACAGAAACUUGCUUCAUGUCAUCAGUUGAUCUUCAUACACACUACUCGUAUCAGAUAAUGCUACCGGAAGCAGUAGCAAUCGUGAUGGCUCGGACAGACGAAACAACACCUCACGGGAUAUUCCAUCUCUCGGACCCAUCAGGUGUAUUCGUGAUCCGAAACUGCCAGCAGCGAGGCUUCCACCCGCACGAAAAAUCAGAAGACAGUAACCCAAUCUACGAGCAUUGCUCACACGUCUUCCUCAACGCCAAACUCAAAUACGAAGUCCUCGAACUCCGCUAAGACCACCAACCCAAUCAGAACCAUGUUUUUUUUCUUUCAGAUGUCUAAGCCGUACAUAAUAUUAUGUGUAUACACUUCUUCAAAACCUACGGCUACUAAUGAUUGUGUUUUAUCUACUCCAAAAACGAAUCUUAUACAAUAAAGUAGGGUAUACUCUCUCCUCCUUCCUUCACGUCAUCAUGGAAGAAGGGGCAAAUCCUGACACGUGUCACCAUUUUAAUCACUUCGCGAUAUCAACUUUUCCGUGUUUUCUGUGUUCUUUCAUUUGGGCUUUUUCGUGUUAAUGUAACACAGGCUCAUGUUCUGUGUGCUGUAGGCUGUAGCAGAUGAACCUCAAGUUAGGUCAUAUCGCCGAUUAAACAGCCUCCGAUGAACAUCGCCAUAUUUACGAAAAUUACAAGCAUCUUCUCUGCUAAUUAUCAGCUCCAACCAUGGCGAAUUCCUUUACCUUGCUUGCUGAUUUGAAAGCCGGCCGCUGUUCAACAACAGCUGAAACCUCAGCCCAGACUCGGUGGGGAAGGAGAGGAAACCUUCUACACGACUUAUGCUGAAGUCUGUGAUAGCUUUGAUGCAAUGGAACUCAGGUCUGAUCUUUUGAGGGGGAUUUAUGCCUACAGGUCUUGAUGUGAUCCAGCAAGCUCAAUCUGGAACCGGCAAGACCGCUACCUUCUGCUCUGGUGUUCUACAACAUCUUGAUUACACUCUUGUUCUGGCUCCCACCAGAAAACUCGCUCAGCAGAUUGAAAAGGUUAUGAGACCUCUUGGUGACUACCUCGGUGUCAAAGUCCACGCCUAUGUUGGCAGAACAAGUGUGCGUGAGGAUCAACGUAUCCUCCAGUCUGGUGUCCAUGUUGUUGUUGGUACACUUGGUCGUGUUAGACAGUCACUCCGUGCUGACGCCAUCAAAAUGGUUGUUCUUGAUUAAGCUGAUGAGAUGAUCUCUCAUGAUUUCAAGGAUCAGAUAUACGACAUCUUCCAGCUUCUUCCUUCCAAGAUUCAGGUUGGUGUUUUCUCUGCGAUGAUGCAACCUGAAGCCCUUGAGAUCACAAGGAAGUUCAUGAACAAAACCGUGAGGAUUCUGGUUAAGCCUGGCGAACUGACUCGUGAAGGUAUCAAACAGUUUUACGUCAAUGUUGACAAUGAUCUACGAGACACUAGCCAUCACGCAGAGUGUCAUCUUUGUGAACACUAUGCGUAAGGUUGAUUGGUUAACUUAUAAAAUGAGAAUUUGUGACCACACGGUUUCAGCUACACGUGGAAAUAUGGAUCAGAACACGAGAGAUAUCAUCAUGCAAGAGUUUUGCUCUGGAUAUUCACGUGUUCCUAUAACUACUGAUCUUCUUGCACAUGGUAUAGAUGUUCAGCAAGUGUCUUUGGUGAUUAACUUUGAGCUCCCAACACAACUGGAGAAUUAACUUCACCAUACCGGAAGAAGUGGGAGGUUUGGGAGAAAGGGAGUAUCGUUUAAUUUCAUGACAACGGAUGAUGACAGUUUUACAAUGUGAUCUUUGAGGAGUUGCCAAGUAAUGUUGCUGAUCUUCUCUGAGCCUCUUUUGUUUCCAGUUGAGGCGGCCCGGUAAUUUCUAUCUUGAUUUUUUGGCAAAAUAAGAAGAGAACUCAUCUCAUAUUUUUUUGUGUUAACGUGACUCAUAAGGAUAGUCUGUGAACUGAAGGUUAUUUGUUUCUUUGCUUUUACAUAGAAUAUCAUUCACAAUAUACAUAAUUCAUACGA